UGUGCGUAAAAGUUAAUCAACAACCAGCUAAUAUUGUCUGGAUUGGGAUAAAAGAAAGUUUUCAAACAAACUACAACAAACUGCUUUUGGGUGGUGAAAAUAGGAGGAAGAUUUGCUCCGAUCAAAAAGGAGGCCUUCUUUGUGACGCAUAUCCGUGGGUGUGUACGCGGGCACUCGGAUACCAAUUACGACACUCGACAACAUUCGCAGAAAAGACGCGAAAUUUUUGCCGAGAAUAUUCACGUCGAUCCCGUGAUUCAGCUCGCUCAGCUGGAGUGUGACGGAAAGUGUUCGCCCACCGGAAGGACGCCCAACUUCGGGGUGGGGGGAAAACAAAGACACCACCGUUCGCGAAAACAAAGAGGCCAACAAGGGAAAAUCAGACCGUAUUUGUUAAGAAAAAGAAAAAUUCCAUAAAAAGGGAGAAAAGGGGAGAGAGAGAGAAGCAUCGUGUGAGUGAGUGCCGUAUGUUUUCGUGCCCGUAAAGUUAGCAGAACUAAACCAAGCACAUUCCAUCCGCUGACUCAUCCGCUGUGAGGAGUCCGAACCAGACCCGCUUCGCAGGGCGACGUGAUCCAGUGGGUAGCAAGCGAAAAUGGCACUAGACUUUGCGGCCACAUACAAGGUGCUCGUGUUGGGCGACUCGAACGUGGGCAAGACGUGCAUCGUUCAUCGGUACUGUGACGAGCGGUACUACGAUACCUACAUUUCAACGAUCGGAAUCGAUUUCAAACAGAAGCUCAUCAACCUGGACGGGGUACCGAUCAAGCUGCAGAUCUGGGACACGGCCGGCCAGGAACGGUUCCGCACGCUGACGACGGCUUACUACCGCGGGGCCAUGGGCAUCCUGCUGAUGUACGACGUGACCAGCCUGGAAUCGUUCAACAACCUGUCCUACUGGCUACGAAACAUCCAAGAGAACGCAGCGCCGGACGUGGUGAAGGUGUUGGCGGGAAACAAGUGCGAAUGCAAUCCACCACAACGUGCCGUCGACAAAGAACGAGGCGAAAAGAUUGCAGAGAACUUUGAUAUGCCCUUCUUUGAGGUGUCCUGCAAGCAGAACAUCAACAUCGAGGAAGCUUUCCUGACGCUGGCCCGCAAGAUCCGCGAGCAAAGAGAACACAGGGGUGAAAACUUCGACGAUGGCGAUCGCCAGAAGGGUCUGCAGGAUAUGAUCAAGAACGGACCCGGCUCGAACGGUCUCGGACCGUUUACGUUAGGCAGCGGAGGCGAAGGAGGCCGUUGUUCGUGCUAA